AUGGACAAGCCGCAAACGAUGAAUGCUGAUCAAACUGCUCCCGAAGAAUUAGCUGCACAACCAGUUCAACUACCGACACAUCCAUCCGAAAUAGCGGACCUUCCACCACCCAAUAUCGUCCCCGAUGGUGUCUCACCACCAGUCCGCCAUCCACUCGAUCCAUUAACAGCGGAUGAGAUCAAUCUGACCACGCGUCUGCUUCUGGCAACGCCUCCAUUAGGAUCUCACAUUCGUAUCAUCACGAUUGUUCCCAUCGAACCCCACGACAAGAAUUACAUAAUCAAUUUCAAGUCCAAAGAUCAAUUGCAACGACGUGUCAGUGCUCUUAUCCGUGAUUCGCAAAACCGCACUUCAUACGAAGCCACGCUUGAUUUGAUAAACAAAUGUGUCGAAAAACUUAUUGAACAUCAAAAUUUUCAACCGCCUCUUACUUUCGAUGAGAUGAUAGAAAGUGAUAGUAUUCUCCGGAAGAACGAAGCCGUACUCGCCGCUUUCGCUAAACGAAAUAUCAAAAUUGAUGAUGUAGUUUUCUAUGUAUUUUCAUCUGGUUACACAAAUGAACACGAUUCCCCAGCGAAGCGUCGCAUCUUUCGACCUUAUGCAGCUGUGAGAAAAUCACCAGAAGAUAAUUAUUACGCUCACCACAUCGACGGUCUUGUGAUCACCGUCGAUCUCGAUUCUUUCACUGUUGAAGUGGAAGAUCACUCUGUCGUUCCUGUCCCGUCAUACACAGCCAACUAUGACCCUGAAAGAAUCAAAUCACCAAAUAACAUACCCUACUUUCCUGAUGGACUUCGCAAAGAUCUCAAACCAUUAGUCAUUACUCAGCCAGAAGGACCUUCAUUUCAAAUCGAUGGAUAUCAGGUGACAUGGCAAAAAUGGCGAUUUCGAGUGGGAUUCAAUGUACGCGAAGGUCUCACGAUUCAUAUGGUCGAAUACUUCGACCAACCACGCUGGAGAUCGAUUUUCUAUCGAGCAAGCCUCGACGAAAUGUGGGUCCCGUAUGGUGAUGCUAGUCCAGGGCAUAAUUUCAAGAAUGCUUUCGAUGUUGGCGAAGUCGGUAUCGGAUUACUUCUGAACAGUCUCGUCCUCGGAUGUGAUUGUCUUGGCGAAAUCCGAUAUAUGGAUGUGAUUCGUAAUAACAAUAAAGGCGAAGCACUUCUGCUCAAAAAUGCCAUUUGUAUUCAUGAAGAAGAUAUCGGCUUACUCUGGAAACAUACCGAAUACAUUGAGCAACGCACACAAGUUCGACGUUCGCGACGGUUAGUUGUCUCUAGCGUGGCUACUGUGGGCAAUUAUGAAUAUGGAUUCUAUUGGUACUUCCAGCAAGAUGGUGCCAUUCAUUACGAAGUCAAACUCACUGGAAUCAUCGCUCCCGGAUCAAUCGAACCCGGUAAAAUUCCUGCUUCAGGCGGAUUGAUAGCUGAAGGACUCUAUGGUCCACAUCAUCAGCAUUUUUUCAACAUCCGCAUUGACUGGAAUCUGGAUGGACAGAAGAAUUCGUUAGUCGAAGUCAACUGUGAAUCCAUUCCACCGGGACCCAACAACUUGUCCGGCAAUGGAUGGGCAGCUCGUGAAACAGUCUUGGUGACAGUCGGUGAAGCACGUCGCUCUCACGAUGCAAGCAAAGGUCGCUUUUGGAAAGUGAUCAAUCCAAACGUGAAAAAUCAUGUGAAAUUACCAGUAGGCUACAAAAUCGUCUCGAUGACACCAGCCUGCUAUCCAAUGUGUCACUUAGAGUCAUGCCAAGGUGGACGAAGUGCAAUGGCUCGUCACCAUCUUUGGGCCACGCGUUACGAUGACAAAGAACUUUACGCUGCUGGACUCUUUCCUAAUCAAUCAAAAGGCGAUGAAGACGGCAUAGCGGUGUACAGUGAAAAGCACAAAGAUGAUUCGUUAGUCGAAUGUGAUCUUGUGACUUGGUACACAUUCGGUUGUAAUCAUGUUGUUCGACCUGAAGAUUGGCCCGUAAUGCCUGUGGAAACAGUUGGAUUUCGUCUCCUACCAGAUGGAUUUUUCCGCGGUAGUCCUGCCAUCGAUGUGCCCCUAUCGAAACCUCACCAAAGCAAAGAAACAGCUUGUUGUGGUUGUACAAAUGGGGAUAAACAAAGGACACGUCCGUAUAAUUGGAAGUCAAAAAGAUUAACAGCAAAUUGA